AUGUCCAAGAAAGAACGGGACUUGAUUCUAGAGUCCAUUGAGGACGAGUUUCGACAGGAUUUGGCGGUCCACCUCUACUCCACGCACCUCUUGCAUGCCAUAAAUCCCUAUUUUCCACGCCGAAAUUGGCUGAACUGGCCGCUCCCGUAUUCUGAAGUUCCGGACCCUCGCAACUUGUUCACCUAUUCAGAUCAACCAAUUGCAAUUUAUAAUGACGAUGAAAGCCAAACCAGGCGAUAUUUGAGACACUCGGGCCCUCGUGGUGUGCUGGAGCCGAGCGAGGAUGUGUCAAAGUACCGAAUAAGAAGCUUUAGUACCACACAAAAACGGUCUGACUCUCGCACCAGUUUGAUGGCAGAAAUAAAGGCUUUAGUGGACCAUCGAAUACACAGUGUGAUCCAUGCUCGGAAUCUGGAUGGAGUUCCGUCUUCAGAAAUCAGUUCUGCGGUCGUGGGCAAACUUUGCAUUGAAAUUGCCAAUAAUUUGGACGACGUUUUGGAGUCGAUGGCAGACAUCGUGGAACGCCGAAAUCUUUCCAGCGACAAAUCUGCUGCUCCCGUCCGCCUCUUGAACUGGCAGGACGUUUUGUUGUGUGCCAGCAAUACUCGCGAAAUUUCUCCCGACCUCCAUGGUAGAUGUGAACUGCUUUUUGAGGAUACUAAUUACAGCUAUGAAUACGAAUCUGAUUUUGAAGAACGAAUAGAAAACGACCUGGACGAGCUAAGCGACCAGGAAAUGAACGAGAUCGAGGAGGCAAGCUCACAAAACUCAGAGACAAGUUCAUCAAACUCAGAGACAAGUUCAUCAGACUCAGAGACAAGUUCAUCAGACUCACCAAAUUCACCAAAUUCACCGACCGACUGUCCCUCGGUUUCAGGUUCACAGAGCUUUAUCUCUUUUCACCAGCAGCACCUCGAGAGACUCAGAAACAUGGAAGCAGUCCCAGCUUACUACAAAAGAUUGGCCAAGAUUGAAAAAAAAAGACAAGUGGAAAAACAAUUCUUCGAAACCAAAAAGAAGCUCUUUCUAAAUCACCAGAAUAUAAGAAAAACCUACGCCAGUUUAAAGUGGGACAGAGCAGUUGAAAAGAAACUGCAGUAUCGCAUUGAAGGCGAAAAUAGUGAGGAAACUCGACGCUUGGCCAUAGAGCAUGGAGGUGUGGGAAUCACUCCAGACGAUUACUUGGAGUGA